GCAACGCAAUUGGAGAUGCUUUUGUACAGAGUCGUAGUUUGGCAGUUGGGCUUCAUUUCAUUUCUUGAAAUUCUCUGAAUCCAACGCAACAAUACAAAGUAAGAUCGCCAAAUCCAAAGCUCUCUUGUGAUACGAGCAGGGAAAUGGAGCAAGCAAAUGUUGAGGAUGUGAAGAAACAGGAGAUUCUUGAUGAUUCUCCCAAGAAUGAAGUUGACUGUGACAAUUCCGUGGAUGAUAUCAAAGAGUCUGAUAAUGAUAAGAAUGAUGAAAGCCCCAUGCCCUCAUCCCACCAGGAGGAAGAAGCUAUCAAGAAAAAGUACGGAGGGAUGUUGCCAAAGAAGCCUCCCCUAAUAUCCAAGGUUACUUCCUUCUCUUAUCUGAUCUUGAUUCUUCAAUGCUACUCUUCAUCCAUCGUCUCAUCGUUGUGUGUUUGUGUGAAAUUUACUUUCGAAAUUGGUUUAUUUUCAUUAAUAAUUUUAAUAUUUUUGCAGGAUCAUGAACGUGCUUUUUUUGAUUCUGCUGAUUGGGCUUUGGGGAAGCAAGGAGAACAAAAGCCUAAAGGACCACUUGAAGCACUCCGCCCAAAGUUGCAGCCAACACAGCAGCAAGCCCGUUCAAGGCGCUCAGCUUAUGCUCCAGCAGAUGAUUGUGAAGUUGAUGGCUGCAAUGCGUCAUCAGAGGAUCAGAGUACCGCUGAAGAUGUUGGCAGUGAUAAAAGUGAUACUGCUCAGGACCAAAGCUGCCGUUAGUAGCUACGGGUUUGGGCUAUAAAUUGCAUUUUGACAUAGUAGUGCUUUUCUUCUCUGAAUUUAGAAGCAAAUGAUCAGACAUGUUUAGAGUUGCUUGUUCUAAUAACUGGGAGUGGAAGUUUUGAAGCAGUUGUGACCAUGAAUUAGAUAUAUACUCUUCGUAUGAGAUUUCAUGACGUGCCGGCAUUGCACUGUGAGAGAUUUUGAACUCUACAUUCAUUUGUGAAGGCACGAUUGUGCCAGUUGUAACAUUUGACAUCUUACAAAAUAUAAUCUCUAUAAUAAGAUUGGAUAUGAAACUUAACAGUAAUCUGUAUAUGGGAAAUGUAAUUUUUAUGUUCCUGCAAAU